UGAGUAGUGAACAACGUGCGCUGCUAAGGGAUUAAUUAAUUUGUAGUUUUAAAAAAAUGGAAUUAAAAUUCACGACGGUCGAGGGUAAAGUUGGCGCGAUGUUAGACCGUAUGUUUGGUGUCCAAACAAGUUUUUUGCGCGUUCAACCGGGUAAUUGUUUAUUACCACCACAGUAUGUUACUUUGGCUAAGAAAAUACGUGACAUGCAAAUUUAUCAAGAUGAUGUUUGGAUGGUAUCUUAUCCACGUACAGGGAGCCACUGGGCUCAAGAAAUGGUUUGGUGCAUCGGAAAUGAUCUGGAUUUUGAAAAAGCUAAAGUUCCCCUAUUGAUACGAAAUCCUUUGCUAGAGUCAUCAGCGUUAAUGGUUACUGGAAAAUAUGUCGAUUUUUUUUCGCAAUUCGGUAACUCGGUAGAAAAUGUCGAAAAAAUAUCAAGGCCUCGUUACAUCAAGUCACACUUGCCUUGGGAAUUAUUGCCUCAACAAUUAAAAUCAAAAAAACCAAAGAUUAUUUAUGUGACACGAAAUCCUAAAGAUACCUGCGUCAGUUUAUAUCAUUACUGCAAAUUAAUGCAUGAUUACAAUGGAACAUUUGAAGAACUUGCUGAUUUAUUUAUCAAUGAUACUGCUCCAAUGAAUCCAUUUUGGCAACACGUUCUUUCCUUCUGGGAUCGCCGUAAUGAAGAAAAUAUUUUAUUUCUAACAUACGAAGAAAUGAAACGUGACCAAAUUAGCGUAAUAAAAAGAACAGCUGAUUUUUUGGGAAAAAAAUUAACCAAAGAUGAAAUAAAUGCGCUGGCUAGUCAUUUGGAAUUUUCUAAGAUGGCUGCUAACCCGGCAAUUAAUCUUGAAGCCGUUUUAUCUCAGAAUGAAAAUGUUAAAAAUAAAAAUGAAAAUGGAAAUGGAAAUAUUGAUAAUUUUGAUCGUAAUGGAAAUAAUACGGAUAAAUUUAUUCGUAAAGGUAAAAUAGGAGAUUGGAAGAAUCACAUGAAUCAUGAGUUAACGCAACGGUUUGAUGAGUGGGCGGAAAAAAAUUUUAAAAACACUGGACUGGUUUUCGAUUACGGAGACAACUGA